AUGCCUUUGAGAUCUGUCGGUGCUCACUUACCAUCGAGUAUUUGUGAACCAUCUCCAGCAGGCCUAUUCAUGCUUUUCUUUGAUGAAGAACUUGUACAGAGUAUUUGUGAUUCAACUUUUUCAAUAUACCGAGGACAGAUUGGAGAAGUGAGAAGUUCAAACGGUCUUGGAUAUGACGUUGUAAUGAGUCUGUCAAAGAAUUCGCUUUCACAAGGCUAUUCUCUAUACAUUGACAACUUCUACACUAGUCCCCAACUAUUGUCUGAUCUAUUCAGCAAUGGUGUUCAUACUACUGGAACACUUAAUGUUUCUCGUAAGGGAGUUCCUGCUGUUGUGUCUCACCUGAAGAAGAAAUUUUCACAUAAAUCUUUCAGUAGAGGUAGUGGUGCUUAUGUAAGGGAUGGUACUUGUGUGUAUGCUGUGUGGAGAGACACUAAUUGUGUUGCAGUAAUGUCUAAUGAGCAUCCUCGUAAUUCAGAAGAGACUGCCACGAGAAAUGAUAAAAGAGGUGGCGUGACAGAGAAGAAAGAAAUACCAGUUCCUGCGAUAAUCUACAAUUACAAUAGCUUCAUGAAUGGUGUUGAUCGCUCUGACCAACUGUUCAAAUAUUACAAUGUCCUUCGACAGUCACGAAAAUACUGGAAGACACUUUUUUUCAUUUUAUUGAUAAAGCAAUUGUCAACUCAUACAUCAUUUAUAAAGAAGUUCAUCCUAGAGGAAAACUAA